AUGGCUCAACCGAACCAGUAUCCUGCAUCUCCGCCAAUUUCACCGCCAAACGGUAUCCAAGGCGAGAAUGGUUUGUCCAUGCCAGUCUUUCCUGCCAAACCCAACAUUCUUUACAUCAUGGCCGACCAACUUGCAGCACCGCUGCUUUCCAUCCACAACCCCAAAUCACAGAUCAGAACCCCCAACCUCGACAAUCUUGCUUCCAAAUCAGUCGUCUUCGAUUCGGCAUAUUGCAACUCUCCACUAUGCGCACCUUCUCGAAUGGCCAUGAUCACUGGCCAGCUUCCGUCCAAAAUCGGUUCCUAUGACAAUGCAUGUUCCAUCGGAUCCGACGUCCCGACUUAUGCUCACUACCUUCGCAAUGCAGGAUAUGAAACAACAUUAGCAGGAAAGAUGCAUUUCAUAGGAGAUCAGCUACAUGGAUAUGAGAACCGCCUGACAGCGGACAUAUAUCCGGGCGAUUAUGGUUGGGCUGUCAACUGGGAUGAUCCCGAUAGGCGGUUGGAAUGGUAUCACAACAGCAGCUCUAUCCUCCAAGCGGGCCCCUGCGUCCGAAGCAAUCAACUCGAUUAUGAUGAGGAGGUCUUGUACAAAUCGAAACAGUACCUUUACGAUCAUGUCCGCAAGCCUGAUGCUCGGCCAUUUUGCUUGACGGUAUCAUUUACUCACCCUCAUGAUCCAUAUACCAUCGAGGACAAAUACUGGGAUAUGUAUGAAGGCGUCGAUAUCGAUCUGCCGAAAGUCCACAUCAAUCCCGAGGAUCAAGAUCCGCACAGCAAGCGGUUGCUGCAUGUUUGCGAGUUGGAAGGCCACACCUUCUCGGCUGAGCAGAUCAAGCGGGCUCGUCGUGCGUACUACGGUGCUGUCAGCUAUGUUGAUGACUGCAUUGGUCAACUUCUGGAAGUUCUCAAAAAGUGUGGCCUCGAAGACAAUACCGUCGUCAUAUUCAGCGGCGAUCACGGUGAUAUGCUCGGCGAAAGAGGUUUGUGGUACAAGAUGUCCUACUUUGAGGCUUCAGUCCGCGUUCCACUCUUCAUCAGCCACCCCAGGCAAUUCCGGCCUCACCGUGUCUCGCAAAAUGUUUCCACCUUAGACAUUCUCCCAACUCUGGCAGACCUCGUCGGUACUAAUCUUAUCCCAGGUCUUCCCAUGGACGGAAUGUCAAUGAUGAAUCACCUCUACGGCGGCAGCGGUCAUGACACUGUCUUUGCUGAGUACAUGGGUGAAGGAACCAUUGCACCAUUGAUGAUGAUUCGUCGUGGUCCUUGGAAAUACAUCAUUUGCCCUGCCGAUCCUCCCAUGCUCUUCAAUCUGGCAGAUGACCCCAAAGAGCUGAUCAAUCUUGCCAAGAGCACUGAUGACAAGGUUCAAGCAGUCUUUGAGUCUUUCCAGGUCGAAGCGGGGCAGAAAUGGGACUUUGAGCAGAUCACCCAAGAAGUUCUCCUUUGUCAACGUCGUCGAGCAUUCGUUUGGAGUGCACUGCAGAAAGGCCGCUUUGAAAGCUGGGAUUACAACCCUGAUGAUGAUGGCAGACAAAAGUACAUUCGUUCACAGAUUCCACUAGAUAUGUUGGAACUGAAAGCGAGGUUCCCCAUCCAUCAGAAUCUCGCCAUAAAUACGGUGGGAAUACCGGUGGAGAAAAUGUCCGCACCAACGCAGGCCUUGGUUGAAAUUGCUAGCGAUCCUGUUCAUUACAGGUAG